AUGUGUACAUUGAAACUAGGUCGAUAUGUUACGUUUAUAUUCGUUUGUUUUGCAAUCAUUCAUAGCAUUGCACUUGGCUCUUCUUAUGAUAUUCAGCCAACAUUUGGAUGUGUCAUAUCGGAUCAUACAUGGGUUCAGUAUUCAACAUAUUUCUUUUAUCCAGUUUUAGUUGGUCUCCUACCUAUUGUAAUUGCAUCAUCGUUUAGUAUCUUAGCUUAUCGUAAUGUCCGUCAUAUAGUUCGACGACAAUUACCAAUUGUUCGUCGUAAAUUAGAUCAACAAAUGACAGCAAUGGUUCUUAUGCGUGUGAUAGCCUUUGUUUGUUUGGUAUCAUCUUACAAUGCUUAUCGUAUCUAUGCGACUAAUUUUCCUCCAUCACGAAGUAUGCCUAUGGCAUAUGCAAUUGGUAGAUUGCUUCAAACAAUUCUUCUUUCUAUCAACAAUAUAAAUUAUAUGAUCAGCUCUUAUAUUUUUAUAAUAUUCUCAUCACGUUUUCGUCGUCAAGUAGAAAUUGUUCUAGUAAAAAAAUGUUGGCAACGAUACAAAUAUUGGUGUUGUUCCAUAAAUAAUCGAAUUGAAUCUGAGAACAAUAUCGAACCAUGCAAUUCGUAA